AUCCAGCGACUGGGAUGGGUGAAAGGGACCAAAGGGCAAGGAGGGGCUGGAGCCCUUCCAUCCCAUGCAGAGCCAUGGCCAACCUACUGGGAACUCUAGCCAGGAAACCAAAAUGCUAUCCACUUCCUCAUGUGAUCUUUUUCCUCCUUAUAAGUCUAGUCUUGGCCUUCUUCACCUAUUGUUACCUGAACCCAAGAAGCAAGAAAAUGGAAAACGUGCUAGUUUGGGUGAACCUGGCUGUUAGAGAACUGGGUGGUCUGAAAAUUGUAAAAUUAUCAAAGAUAGCAUAUCCCCAGCCAGACCUGCAUACACCCUCUAGGAAAGAUAACCUCGUUUUGACCCCUUGGCUGGCUCCCGUUGUCUGGAAGGGGACCUUCAAUAUUGACAUUCUGAACGAGCAGUUCCGACUCCAGAACGCCACCAUUGGGUUAACUGUGUUUGCCGUAAAAAAAUACGUGAUCUUUCUGAAGCUGUUCCUGCAGACGGCAGAGAAGUACUUCAUGGUGGGACACAGGGUCAACUAGUACAUCUUCACUGAUCUGCCAGACAGUGUGCUCCGAGUUCCCCUCCAAGAAGGAAGACAGGUGGUCAUCCUCAAGGUGCAGAGCUAUACCUGCUGGCAAGACAUCUCCAUGUACCGUAUGGAAAUGAUUAGCAAUUUCUCCAAGCAGCGCUUCCUUGGUGAGGUGGACUACCUGAUGCGUGCUGAUGUGGACAUGAAGUCCAGUGAUCACGUGGGGGUGGAGGUCCUCUCCUCUUUGUUCAGCACCCUUCAUCCUGGCUUCGUUGGGAUCAGUAGGCUUGGCUUCACCUAUGAACACUGGCCUCAAUCACAAGCCUAUAUUUCCGAGGAUGAAGGAGACUUUUACUAUAUAGUGGCCCUUUUUGGGGGGUCAGUGCUGGAAGUUUACUGGCUCACCAAGGCCUGUCACGAGGUGAUGAUGGUCGACCAAGCCAAUGACAUUGAAGCUAUAUGGCAUGAGGAGAGCCACUUGAACAAGUACCUGCUUUACUACAAACCUACCAGAGUCCUCUCCCCAGAGUACAUGUGGGAUGUUGUGUCACUAUUCUAUCCUUGGGAGAAGCCACUGCUGGCCAGGCACGUAAUCUUUAAGAAGAAGAGAUUCAGGGUCUUGCCAAAGAAUCUCACUGCAAUGUGGUACUGA